AUGUCUCAAAAUAUUUACGACAAUGAAACAUUUUUUAAAAGUUAUUCAUUAUUGCCAAGGUCAAUUAAAGGAUACGAGUUUUCAUACGAAUGGCCUUACAUCAAAUCAUUGCUGCCAGAAAUAAAAAAUAAAAAGAUAUUGGAUUUAGGUUGUGGAUAUGGUUGGUUUUGUAGGGAGGCUGUUAAAAUGGGAUGUAAAAAAAUCUAUGGUUUUGAUAUUUCAAAAAGAAUGUUAAAAAGAGCCAAGGAAUUAGAAAAACUGGAACCACAAAUUGACAUUUCGAAAAUUGUUGACGAUGAUGAUAAUUAUUUAAAAUUCGAUUUUGCAUUGGGUGUUUUUAUAUUUCAUUAUAUAAAAAAUAUUGAAGAUUUAUUUCAAAAGAUUUUUAAAUCAUUAAAUAACGGUGGAAGUUUAGUGUUCUCAGUUGAACAUCCAAUUUAUAUGGCAUCAAAGUAUCCAGGCUAUGGUUGGACCCCGCUAAAUAAGGGAAACGAAGAGGAAUUAGUAUGGCCUGUGUCCCAUUACUCAUACGAGGGCGAACGAACAAGAACCUGGUUGGGUGUCGAGGGCAUCAAAAAGCAGCACCGGACCAUAGGCACCUAUAUAAAUUUAUUAAUUAAAGUUGGCUUUACAAUUGACCAUGUUAAUGAAUGGUCACCCAACGACAAUCAAAUUAGAGAAUUUCAACUUUUAUCAAGAGAAAGAGAAAGACCUAUCAUUUUAAUUAUAAAAGCAAUUAAAAAAUAA